AUGUGGAGGGCCUGCCCUCUGCCACCUACAACUGCGCCCUGCCCUCUGACCCUCGCAGCCCGCGACGCAGUAAGACGUGACGUGGACCCGUUGAGUUUGCCGGCAUCGUCAGGAAACGGAAACCAAGUAAAUAAUCCGGACAAGCAGCCAUGUCGGACAGCGAACAGCGGACAGCGAACAGCCAACAGCCAACAGCCAGCAGCGUACCAAGUCUUGUACAGUGGCAGUGGCCACUUGGUAGCCAACGGGGAAGCGGGGCACCGCCCACGUGACCCGCCCCCAACAUGGACAAGCGCUGUAUGA